AUGGCCUCAACGAUUGUAAGAAUCACAAAGGAGAUUCGCCAUAUUCAACAAGGCACUGACCUAUCUAUCGCUGUUGCAUAUCGGGACUCCAACAUCCAACAUAUCAAGGCGCUCAUCGUUGGUCCUCCCGAAACACCCUACGAGUUUGGCUUCUUUGAGUUCAACGUGAGGCUGGGCAGAGAUUAUCCGAGCAGCCCACCUUCCGUGACAGCAACCACCACGAAUGGGGGCAGGUGUCGGUUCAACCCUAAUAUCUACGCUGGGGGAAAGGUGUGCUUGUCGAUCUUAGGGACAUGGAGGGGGGAACGUCCUGGAGAAGAAUGGUCCUCAGCGCAGGGCCUGGAAUCAAUUCUAAUCUCCAUUCAAAGCUUGAUGUCCUCCAAUCCAUACGAAAACGAGCCAGGCUACGAAAACAAGAAGGGGCCAGACGAGCUGAGGCACCAAGCUCUCUAUGUGGAUAAGAUUCGGCACGAAACGUUGCGCAUCGCUGUCAUCCAGAAGCUCGAGGAGCAACUCGGCAUUUUGCCGAAUGGUCAAGUGGAGCCGCCAGCACCGGCCUGGGAGUCAGAGAUUGACGAGGACGUAGAAGAAGCGCUGGAAAAAAUGGGUGACGUGGAGAAAACCAAAUUCGAACCAUUCAAGGAUCUGUUCAAAAGACGUUUCCUCUGGUAUUACGACACUUAUCUGAGCACCAUAGAGACAUAUGCUAAGAAGCACCGGGAUGGCGAGAAAUUUCAAAAAAUGGAAUUUGAGCAUGGAGGCAACACCAUGGACGGCACAUACCAAUACAGUGAUCUGAAGCGAAGACUUAAUCUAAUUCACAGCACCAUUCACAUGGAAACCGAGAGAUGGGCCGAGGAGGGUCUGAACGCGAAGAGACGAGAAGUCGGCGUGUCUGCUAAUCUACAGCGCCAGCAUGAGCAGAUUGUUGAAGCACACAAGGACAAAGCUUUCACAAUCGACCUGGAGCUCGCGAGCGAUAACCCUUUUGUCUGGCAGAUAACGUACUUUGGCAAGCCCAUGACCCAUCUGGACGGAGGAAUGUUCAAGAUCAGGAUUUGCUUAAGCCCUCGCUUUCCGGACGAGCAACCCAGAGUCAAAGUUCUGACGCCUAUCUAUCAUCAUCGAGUCGCCAAAGACGGCACACUCUGUUACUUCCCCAAGAAGGUGGAGGAGAUGAAGUCUCAUAUCGAUGCCAUCGUUGAAGCUCUGGAAGAUGACUCUCCACCGUACGAUCCACGGACAACUGUACAUCCAGAGGCCGCAAAACUGUACUGGGGCAGCGCAGAUGACAAGAAGAAAUAUCACCGCCAGCUACGCCGAUCGGUCGAACGAAGCAUGGAUGAAUGUUAA